AUGCCGUUCGCUAGGAUUGAUGGCAUAGAAAUCCACUACACAGACACACCACCUUCCUCGUCCAAUGCAACCUCCUUGACCAUAGUCUUCGUUCAUGGCCUGGGUUCUACUCAGAACUACUAUGGACCUAUCCUACCCUAUCUGACCCGCUACCGUUGUGUUACCUUUGACAAUUAUGGCGCUGGUCGUUCACGAUACUAUAGCGAACUUCAUCCAGAUACUAGCAUCGAGGCUAUUGCGGGGAAUGUGCUCGGGCUCAUGGACCAUCUGGCAAUAGAUAAGGCAGUUGUCGUGGGGUAUAGUAUGGGCGGAAUGGUGCCAACGACUAUUGCGAGUAGCAACAAAGGAGCUGAUAGAGUGAUUGCCUGUGUUUGUAUUGGGCCAGUCCAUCCGAGUGAGCAAAUUGCUCAAAUCUUUAGUGACAGAAUAAAGACCGUCAUGGAAGGCGGCAUUGAAACAAUGGCCAAUACCAUACCUAAUGCCGCGACGGGACCAAGAACAACGGUUCUCCAGAAAUCCUUCAUCCGUGAGAUGAUCAUGUCUCAAGAUCCAGAGGGUUAUUGUGCAAACUGUCGAGCCAUAGCAACAGCUAAAGCGCCCAACUAUGCCGGUGUCACCUGUCCGGUUUAUAUCAUUGCUGGUAGUGUUGACAAAAGUGCACCCGCGAGUGGCUGUCAAUUCAUUCACGACCAGCUAGUGAACAGCUCGGGGCGAAAGAUCGAUCUUAUUCAAGAGAUGGGCCAUUGGUAUUGUGUUGAAGACCCAGACCUGCUGGGCAAGAUGGUCGCUAUAUGGAUUGCAGAGGUUGCCUGA